CCCCACAAUCCUCCGUGACGUCACUUCCGUUUCCGGCGGCCCCUCUGGUGUUCGGUCGAUAGUUGUUUGAGCGGCUACGGGAGCAAUUUGUGAAUCUGUGGAGGUCCAGCCGUCACCAUGGGUGAAAGAAAAGGAACAAACAAAUACUACCCUCCAGAUUUCGAUCCAGUCAAGCAUGGAUCCCUCAAUGGCUACCACAAAACCCACCCUCUGCGGGAGCGCGCCCGGAAGCUGUCCCAGGGCAUCCUCAUCAUCAGGUUUGAGAUGCCCUACAACAUCUGGUGUGAUGGCUGCAAAAAUCACAUCGGCAUGGGCGUCCGCUACAACGCCGAGAAGAAGAAAGUGGGGAACUACUACACCACGCCCAUCUACAGGUUCAGGAUGAAGUGCCACCUGUGCGUGAACUACAUCGAGAUGCAGACGGACCCGGCCACCUGCGACUACCUCAUCGUCUGCGGUGCGAACCGGAAGGAGGAGCGCUGGGACAUGGCCGACAACGAGCAGAUCCUCACCACAGAGCGAGCCGAUAAGCAGAAGCUGGAGACGGACGCCAUGUUCAAGCUGGACCACAGUGGGAAGGACCAGGAGAAGCUGAAGCGCGCUCUGCCCUCGCUGUCCGAGCUGCAGGACUACCAGUCCUCCAAGAAGGACGACUUCCAGCUCAACAGCGCCCUCCGCAGGCGCUUCAGGGUACCACGCCUCCGUGUCCACUCCCCGCUCCUCCUCGUGACGCCGUGUCCUCUCACCAAAGCUGAGCUCUCCUCCCCCCUGCAGACGGAGAAGAAGGUCCAGGCGGAGCAGGAGGAGCAGGACGACUCCGUGAGGACCAGGACCAACCUGUCCAUCCCGCUGCUGCCCGAGAGGGACGAGGACCGCCGGCUGGCCGCGCUGCUCACCUACCAGGCGGCCGACUCCUACGAGGACAGGAAGCACAGCAAGCGGAAGGAGAUCUCCUCUCGCUCGUGGUUCACCUCCUCUUCCUCCUCCUCCUCGCCGGGUGGUGCCGCCGGCAGCCUGCUCCUCAAGCUCAGCAUGCAGGGCAAGGAAGCGGCGGUGGCCAAAGCUCUGGCCUCCUCCCCCGGGCCGUUGAUCUGCAGGCGCUGCCCGGGAGGCAGAACCCAACCCUGUGGGGAGAACUGGAAGGCGGAGCCUCAGAGGGAGGAAGCAGCGAGGAAGGCGGAGCCUCAGAGGGAGGAAGCGGCGAGGAAGGCGGAGCCUCAGAGGGAGGAAGCGGCGAGGAAGGCGGAGCCUCAGAGGGAGGAAGCGGCGAGGACGGAUGGCAGCGGCUCCUCAGAAACACUGGUGAACGCCGUGGAGGAAGCAGAUGAAGGACUGACGAAAGCAAAGCAUGCUGGGAAGGAGCGGGGCGACGGUUUAGGAGCGCUCUCGUCCAUCAUGGCGGAAUACAGCGACUCGGACUCUGACCCGGGACUCUAAGGGACUCCGAGGGACUCUAAGGGUCUCUAAUGGACUCUGAGGGUCUCUGAGGGACUCUAAGGGUCUCUGAGGGACUCUAAGGGACUCUAAGGGUCUCUGAGGGUCUCUGAGGGUCUCUAAGGGACUCUGAGGGACUCUGAGGGUCUCUAAGGGUCUCCGAGGGACUCUGAGGGUCUCUAAGGGUCUCCGAGGGACUCUAAGGGUCUCUAAGGGACUCUAAGGGUCUCUAAUGGACUCUGAGGGACUGUGAGGGACUCUGAGGGUCUCUAAGGGUCUCCGAGGGACUCUGAGGGUCUCUAAGGGACUCUGAGGGACUCUAAGGGUCUCUAAUGGACUCUGAGGGUCUCUGAGGGACUCUAAGGGUCUCUGAGGGACUCUAAGGGUCUCUGAGGGACUCUAAGGGUCUCUGAGGGUCUCUAAUGGACUCUGAGGGACUCUAAGGGUCUCAGGGUCUCUAAGGGUCUCUGAGGGUCUCUGAGGGACUCUGAGGGUCUCUGAGGUUCUCUAAGGGUCUCUGAGGGUCUCUGAGGGACUCUAAGGGUCUCUAAGGGACUCUAAGGGUCUCUAAUGGACUCUAAGGGACUAUGAGGGUCUCUAGUGGACUCUAAGGGACUAUGAGGGUCUCUAAGGGACUCUUAAGGGACUCUGAGGGACUCUAAGGGACUCUUAAGGGACUCAGAGACUCUGAGGGACUCUUGAGGGACUCUGAGAGACUCUUAAGGGACUCUGAGGGACUCUGAGGGACUCUGAGGGACUCUGAGGGACUCUUAAGGGACUCUGAGAGACUCUGAGGGUCUCUAAGAGACUGAGGGUCUCUGAGGGACUCUACGGGACUCUAAGGGACUCUGAGGGUCUCUGAGAGACUCUGAGGGACUCUGAGGGACUCUGAGGGUCUCUGAGAGACUCUGAGGGUCUCUAAUGGACUCUGAUGGUCUCUAAGGGACUCUGAGGGUCUUUAAGGGACUCUGAGGGACUCUGUGGACUCUGGUCCUGGUGGACAUCUGUUUUUUUCUCAACAAAAUGUGCAAUAAGAUUUCCAGAUGUUCAAUCUAUGUUUUUGUGUCUCGACGACUCGACUUCCAGAUGUUGACGAGUUGUUUCUGUUGUUUGUUUAAAUGUGUUAAACUGACUUUUAAGUUGAGUUUCUUUUUUAAACUUCCACUCAUGUAAACAUUGAUAAAUCUUCUCAGAAACAACUUCGCCAAAACCAUUUCAGUGUUUUUCAUGUUUUUCUCCCAUUUUAAGUAAAAGUCGUAAAUCAAGAAGAAGAAGAAGGAGUGGGUCGACUUUCUCCGUACGCCCACUUUCUAUAACCCUCAUGUCGCCUUCGGGUCAAUUUGACCCCAUUCAAUGUUUAAUGUCGGUGUUCUUUCGGGAGUCAACAAACAAACAUAAAGUACCUCACACUUAAACUUGGAAAACAAUAUUAAUUCUAAUAAUUUUCUGGAGAUUUUAAUAGCUGGGGUCAUAUUGACCUCAAGGGUAAAAUAUGUUAGUAAAUAUAAAGGUAACAGGAGGGUUAAACAUUGAAUCGGUCAUAUUGACCCGAAGGCGACAGGAGGGUGAAACAUUGAAUCGGGUCAAAUUGACCCGAAGGCAACACAAGGGUUAAAAGGUUGAUUGAAGGUCGUUUGAGUGAACCGGUCUGACCUUCAGAGACCAGUCACUCAGCAGCUGAACUCCAGUGAUGACGUCACUCUGGUGACGUCAUCACUGGAGACACGAGUCCUUAUGUUGAGGAACUGUCAAAGAAUGAGUCGGCUUUAUUUGCCACGUCUGCGUACGACGAAUCUACUCUGGGUUUUAUCUUUAUGUACAAAUAUACGUAUUUAUGUAUUCAUGUAAAUAAACGUGAACAAGCAG